GAUAAUAAGAACCAUUAACUUAAUCACUAGCGGACCAUGUUUAAAGUAGUUCCUUACGUGUCAACAAGAGAAAGCAUGAAAAUCCGAUUGCACGAUAUGUUCACCGGCAUAGAAUAAAACCUCUUCAUGGCCUUAAAUUCAGCAAUGUCGACGUGUCGUUUACCAACCAUCCCCCCUUGACAACUCGUUGGGUGAGACCAGACAAGAGUCAACCUUCCAGAACACCCCCAGAACUUAACGCCAACUCUAGAAAACAACCCACCCCACCACCACUUUACGAAACACCUCCAUUGCCGAUCAUGGGGUUCAUCACCUCGGCCCCAUCUCCAUGCCCGAUCCUCUCUCCCUCUUCAUCAUCAUCACAGCCGCCGUCGUCACCGUCAUCUACUUCAUCAUCAUCAUCAUCAUCACCGCCGCCUUUGAAGCUUCCAGUUGACUUCAGCCCACCGUUGAUCGCCAUGGUGGUAGCAGUCGCUGCAGCAUUUUUAAUCGUUACAUAUUCACGGCUCAUCUCCAAGCGACUCAUCCCUCCAAUCCUCCGCUUCUUCCGACGUCGUCGUCGCCGCCGUCGCUACCUCCCAUCCACCACGACUGACCUCGAUUCUCUUCCACCUUCUGAUCCCUUCGAACUCUAUCUUUCUCCUUUUGGCCUCGAUGACUCUUCCAUCAAAACCCUGCCUCUUUCCCUCUACACUUCAAAACCCAAACCCAAUAACAGCCCCAAAGACUGUGCCGUUUGUUUGUUAGAGUUCGAAGACAAUGAAUACAUCCGAACACUCCCCAUUUGCUCCCACGCCUUCCACGUGGAUUGCAUCGACGUUUGGUUGAAAUCACAUGCUAAUUGCCCUCUUUGUAGAGCUGGAAUUUUUGCUACAGAAUCUCCUUUUACUCCGUUAAUGGCAGCCAGAAUCCGUCCCAGCCUCGACGACACUCUUUUAAUCAACAACACCUUGGAUUCCUUAACAGAAACUCCUCUACAUUCUCUUCCAAAUAACACCAUAACUGAAAUAACCGAAGAGCCGUCACCGAGACGAGAGAAUGGGAAUAGUAAUUGUGAGGAAAGGUUCAAUUUUGUUUUGAAAAGGUCUUAUUCAUUUGGUUUCGAGAGGAGUUUAGCAGCGGAAAGGAUGGUAACGGAGCCCCACACGGCGUCGCCUUGGAGGUACAGGAUUGGAGGGAAUGUGUUUUGGAGCAAAAGGGCGUCGCCGUUUGGGUCUUUAAUGACGACACCGAGGGUUUUCUCUUUUAGGUAUUACAGAGGGAUGAAAGCUUCGCCAUUUUUUCGACGGAGAGGGUUUUUCCCAUUGUCAGAAUCCAGUGUUAGGUUUUCUGGAAGUGGCGGCGGCGGCUCGUCUAGGAGGAAUAAGUCACUGGCGAGUCCCAUGUUUUUAAGAUCAUCGGCUUCAAGUGUUACGGCUUUCUCGUCAAGUCGGCUCAGGUGCGGGGAUCCCGAUGCAUUACUGUCACCGGAUAGGUUUAACAGAAGAUAAAAAAAAAUUAUUUCUUCAAAAAAAAAAAAAAAACAGUGGGACAUGUGAAACGUUGCAUAGAGAGAUCGAAGGGGAAGGGAGGGUCCGGUGAAAUUAAUGGAAAACAAGCAUGCAAGUAAGAGUUAACGUAUGAGAGAGAGGAGAGCUUCGGGCUCUGGCAAGUGAGAGUCGAAAAAAGGGAGGCAUUAAUGGGGGGUAGGGAGAGGGCAUUAAAUGAGAAAAUUGA